AUGACUCGCUCAAACAAACGCAUUUUUCGUCGGGGCAGUAAUGAUAGUGAUACCAAUAACUGUCAAGGUAACAACAAUACGCUCGGCGUAACGGCGGCCAUCAGUUUGGCAAAACCGAAACCAGAAGACCUGCAGAAAACGAUCGAAUUGAAGAAGGUUCUCGAAUCGUACAACGUGGUUGAAGAGGAAUCGGGUCUAAAUCAUCGGAAGGAGAUACUGGACAAACUGAACGCGCUCGUCAAGCAGUGGGUUCGAGAUGUGUCGAUAGCACAGAAUAUACCGAAGACAGUGGCGAAGAAAUUGGGCGGAAAGAUCUACCCGUUCGGUUCGUAUCGUUUGGGGGUUCACGACAAGAAAGCAGACAUUGACGCACUGUGCGUUGCUCCCCGUAACGUCGAGCGAGCCGACUUUUUCGGAUCGUUCUUCGAAUUACUCAAGAAGCAACCGGAAGUAACCGAGUGCCGGGCCGUAGAAGAGGCUUUCGUACCUGUAAUGAAAAUGAACUUCGAAGGAAUUGAGAUCGAUCUACUGUUCGCCGGACUGGCACUGAAAAGAAUUCCAGACAAUUUUGAUCUACGCGACGAUAUGCUGUUGAAAGAUUUGGACCCCAAAUCGGCGCGGAGCUUAAACGGGGUCCGAGUGACGGACGAGAUUAUGCGCCUAGUUCCCAAUAUAGACAAUUUCCGUUUGGUGCUGCGUGCCAUCAAGCUGUGGGCAAAAAGUCGUGGAAUCUAUUCCAAUUCACUGGGCUAUUUCGGUGGUGUAUCGUGGGCUAUACUGGUGGCCAAAACUUGUCAACUGUAUCCUCAUGCGACCGCCGCCACUCUGGUACAUAAAUUUUUCUUUGUGUUCUCUCAAUGGAAGUGGCCCAUUCCUGUGCUGUUGAAACGUCCGGAUAGAGUCAACCUCGGCUUUCCGGUGUGGGGGAGCAACUAUCGCGAUCAGUUUCAUUUGAUGCCAAUCAUUACGCCAGCUUAUCCGGAGCAAAAUUCCACAUUCAACGUCAACAGUUCGACGCAAAAGGUGAUGAUCAACGAGUUCCGACGGGGUAAGCAGAUAACAGACGAAAUCAUGCUCAGUAAGCAAGCUGACUGGGACAAACUGUUCGCAGCGCCAACUUUCUUCUUCAAAUAUCGCCACUUCCUUGUGCUCUCGGCAUCAUCCAACAACGCAGCUGAUCAGCUGGAAUGGUGCGGCCUGGUCGAGUCCAAGAUUCGCCUGCUGAUUCAGAACCUGGAGCGCAAUCUACCCAUUGAUUUGGCCCACGUAAAUCCCAAGUGUUUCCAGCUAGCGCCGAAAGGCACCAACAAAUCUUUAUGGUUUAUCGGAUUGGAAUUCAAAAAAUUGGAUGUCGACUUGAGCGAGAGCACUCGAGGGUUCACCGACGUGGUACACAAACGUGCCGAGGAAAUUAAGCUUCUUAAGGAUGGUAUGAACAUCGAAACUCACCACAUUCGACGGGAGCAAUUGAGUAAAUAUUUGGACCCGAACCUGCUAAUGCGAGAAAUUUCGGGCUCCAAGACGGGAUCAUCGACACAGAAUAGUGGAACUUCGGGACCGACUAGGAAGCGCCCCCUGGAAGAUCAUUGGAAAACGGCCAUCGCAGCGAUUAUGAACAAGAAAGUAAAAUUUCCAGUAGCAGCAGCAGAGGCACUCUGA